GUCAACCGAUCAUAAUGUGGUAGCAGCUAGGAUGGCCAAGAUAGAUGAAGAUGAGAACGCCAACGUCGUGUUUGAUGCCGCAGUUUUCCGAUACGAGAGCCUCGCUUCACUUCCCCGCACUAUGCAACACGAGGACGACAUGGAGCACUCGUACUCGGUGCGAUUUCGGAUUUCGGCAACCACAUCCUACCUCAAACCCCUCCUCAUCGCCGUCUAUUUCACCUUUGAUCCCUUUAUAUUCAGAAGUUGCCAACUGUUUGGGGAGGUCUAAAGCUUGUAUACAUCAUCCACAACAAUUCCAACACGAGACCAUUGCUUCUUUCCCUUGCAUCCGAGCAAAACGACCAAGUGAUACAAGGCGAAGACCCCAACAUGUCCGACUCGCACUCUCACGGUCACAGUCAUGAUCAUGACCAUGACCACUCUCAUCCUCACCCACAUACAGGCCCAGCAUACCUUUUCCACGCCAACUCAGAGAACGACACCCCCCCAGAUGGCUGGCGCGAGUCCGGUGUUCGCGUCAUUCCGGCAGACAGCCUGGACACCAACACUGCGAGCACACCGGGAAUGAACCGUGCUGCGGCCAUCAACAUGGCCCGCGUGGGCGCGCAGCAUCUGUGGGCCGGCACGGUCAAGAUCCACCCCAACGCCAAAACGGGAGCCCACCACCACGGUCACCUCGAGAGUGUCAUCUACGUUGUCAAGGGCAAGGCGAGGUUGCGGUGGGGUGAGAACCUCGAGUUCAUUGCGGAAGCCGGGCCCGGGGAUUUCAUCUACGUUCCGCCAUACGUGCCGCACCAAGAGAUCAAUGCCAAAGAGGACGAGGAGCUGGAGUGUGUGCUGAUGAGAAGCGACGGGGAGGCCAUUGCGGUGAACUUGCCGGAUAUAGUGGCCGUCGAGAAUCCGGAGGGUGUCAAGUGGAUUGAUCCUACGCAUCCCACUGGCGGAGUAUGAAAGGCGGCAUCAGCCAUGCUCUUUGGUGUACUUGUGAUGUUGAUCAAGUGUAGAUUGUGGUGGCUAUGGAGAAAACCGGAUGAGGCCUGUUGACGGGGCCAUGAAUUUGAAUAGGUAGAAUCAGAGAGGUAUGAGCAGAAGCGUGACUGACUUCAACCGACGUUACGCAGGAGAAAUGAAUAUGGACAGGCGACGCUGUACGUAUGAAUGAUGGGAUGACUAUUGAAUGUGUGGGUUCGUUAGAGUAGUUGCCCAAAGCAAUGAACUUUGGAAUGCAAUGAGACAGCAAUUGAAACGAAGGUACGGUACGAUAUCAGAGUAGACAAAUGG